AUGCUCCUCGGCUGCCUCCUGCUGCUGGUGCUGCCCAUGGGCACGUGGGGCGUCAAGACCUGCUUCUUCUGUGAGCUCACCGACACCUCCAACUGUCCCAAGACGCGCAUGACCUGUGGCGACGAGGAGGACUGCUUCUCGGGCCACGGGGUGGCCCCGGGCGUCAGCCCCGUCACCAACAAGGGCUGCAUGAGCUCCCCCAACUGCGGCCACGAGCAGCCGGUCACCUACAUGGGCGUCACUUACAGCCUCGUCACCAACUGCUGCUCGGGUGAUCUGUGCAACGCGGCCCCCCGGAUGGCCCCCCGGUUGGCAGGGGCCACUGGGGGCCUGGCGCUGGGCCUGCUGCUGCUGCUGCUUCUGUAA